AUUAACAUACGGAUCAUUCCAGGGCUGCGUCAAGCUAGCAAAUAAAAGGAUGGCUCUUAGUUGUCCCAGGUUCAGCAUCCAACAGCCCUGAAAACUUCAAAGAUGGCGUUUUCUCCUCGCAUGUUUUUCCUCCUUUGUGGGAUCAGUGGACUGAUGACCGGAGCUUGGUCUCGUCCUAGCAGAGAAGUUUGCUGUCCCGAGGGAUGGACUCAGUUGGAUGAUCACUGUUACAUCGUCAGAGAUGACGAAAGGUCCUUUUUGGAUGCAGAGAGUGUCUGCAACAUUCUUGGUGGGAAUCUGGCCUCAAUCACCAGUGUGGUGAAAAAUUCCGUCGUUCAAGACCUGGUCAAUGAGGCGGGUGUAGAUGAAGCCUGGAUUGGACUCAGUGAUCACAUUGAGACGGGAAUCUUUCUUUGGACUGAUGGCAAACCCUUCGGAUUUAGUGACUUUCCAACAAUACUUCCUACGGAUGGAUGUGUGGUUAUUGAUUCUGACGCCACCACCGAAUCAUGGGAAGGUGAGGACUGUACUUACCCAUUUCCAUACGUUUGCAUCAGAGAGGCGUGCUGUGACUACACUUUCUAAUCAAACCAUAUCAUCUUAUCUUCUAUAACAAUGUCUUUCACUCAUCACAGCGAGUGUACUCACAAGAUAUAAUACUUUGUGUUUCUGGGUUGACUAUCAAAUAUGUUUUUUCUCCUACGCUGUUCAGUUGUUGAAUGUUAGUGCAACACAUUUGAAACUGAAACACCAUCUUUCUACUAAAUAAAGGAAGCUGUCUGCAUGUAAA